GAGCUUCCCUGUCAGUUUGGAUAGAUUGAGGACCGUGAAAUACAGCUUUAGAUAUAUCUUCAUCGCUUUUAUUUCUUCUUCAUGAAACUUAUACUCAGAACUGCACAGGCUGUAGCAUCUUUGGCCAAAUCACGAGAUGGGAUAUUUUUGUCGGAAUACAUCAGUUUGUAAUAAAGAAAAUAGAUGUACGAUUCCUUACUGUAAUGCUAAGUUAAUGGAUUUAAUAGUUAGUGUUAUCAAGAGGAAUAAAACAAUGGAGUUUUUCGUUUAAAUGUGGCAUCUAUAUCUAAGUUUUGCCAAAAUUCCGAUCUUAAUGUGCCAUAUUCCAUGGUAUUAAAUUAUUUGCAGUGGGUUCGUAUACGACCAUGCACCAUUUAAAAUCAAAUUUGUUGGAUUUGAUGUUGGAAUUCUUGCUUAAAGGCUGCCUUGAAUGAUGUGAUGGAGAGGUCCCAGAGGUCAGGUAUACCAGUGUUCAAGGGUCUGUCAAGGGCCAACAACAAUAAUGAAGAUAGUGAAGUUGUGCGGCCGCCACCGUCCCCACCUAUUGAUAUACCUGGAAGAUGUUUGGAACUUCAAUCUGAUGAUGAAAUUGAUACACAGAUGGAAGAUGAAAACAGUUUCACUGAAUCUAUCAGUGUCAAGUCAGCUGCUAACAUGUUUGGAGGUCAAGCCAUUAUCCGACGUAUUCCAACUCCAAGCAGCAAGCGUCGUGACACCAAACGCAUACCACCACCAGUGCCUGCAAGGAACAGUAGCAGAACAAAAGUGUCGGAUAUAGCAGAUAUAUCGGAUAUAUCAUAUCCAAAACAAAAUGUUAAAAAUACUAAUAUUUCCAAAAAUAAUGUUCUGCAAGUGCAUAAGGUCACUGACUUGAGUGAGACGAAUGUAGAUGAUAUACUGGAUAAGCCACUGGAAAGCUUAUCUGAGAUUAAUGGAAUUAGUGAAACAUAUGAUAAUGUUGAUAAUGAUGAAACCAUACCAAGCUAUGAUCAGUUCAUCAGUGGUGCUAUUGGGGAAAACUUGAUGGAAGAGGGUGGGGGUGUUCAUACUGAAGUGACCACAGAUGUUAGAAGUUGUGUACGGAAUAUUGCAAGAGUGCUUCCAAAUUUAGCUAAAACAACAAAACCUGAGUAUGCUUCUAUGGAUUAUACAGUUCUGGGGACAAUUUCACCACUGAAUGGUAGAAAUGGUCAAAAUGAUAAUUCAAAGGAAGAAAUGUCGCUUGUUUUAGGGCGACCAUUGUCUCCAGUUGCAAAUGACAGCGGGUUAAAGAGAUGUUUAUCUCCAAAUGAUGCUAAUAGACCACUGUCACCUUCCAGUGAAUCUUUGCCUACCAAAAGGGUUGCUGGAAAUAGGGGUAGACAGAUACCAGUUUUAUCUCCAAAUACUAGAGAGCAGAAAUUAAAGGAGAUCACCAAUCAUGUUAGUAUUAUGUGUGAGGGUUGCAAUAAUUGCUUGUUGGAUUUAAAGCGGCAAGCCCUGAGGCUUAUCUACCCUGAUAGUGCUCAUGGAGAGCCAAUAGCAAUGCCAGUAGAUUCAAUAGAAAGUUUCAAAGACAAGUUACAAGUACCAGAGAAUGGAUAUAGAUUUUCACAUGUUGGAAGUUGUGAAGUGUGUGAUACACACGUGACCCAAUUAAAACAGGAAGCAGUUAGUAUGGUACAGAGUAUUCAGCAGGCCCAGUGCAAGUCUACUGUCCCCACUAACAUACCAAAUUUAAUUGGAUCUGUCAAUCUUCCGCCACAGUCUUCAAGAAAAAUUGGUUCAGCAAAUGGUCCACAUAUCAGGUAUCGCAGUUCAAAAAUUCCUGGUACUGGUAACUAUCUGUCCAAGUCGGCACCAAUAGCAGCUCAAGCACAAGCUUAUCUAGAACAGAAUGUCCGGUCACGGGGAACACAGAAAAGACAGAUACUGUUGAGAUCUGGGUCCCAAGAUAGGCCAGGGUUCUACAAAGGACCAGAAAUGUAUCCCCAGGGUGGGACUGACGGUCCUGGUAUGGGACAGUUUGGACGCCCUGUAAACUACCCCAUGUCUGGCUCACACUUUAUCAACACGCCAUAUAUGCAACAGCCGCUUUCUAUGCAAGUUUAUCAUCAGCAACAGCAGCAGCUUCAGCAGCAGCAACAACAGCAGUUCUACCAUCCUCAUCAGCAGCAGCAGUUUCAUCAUCAACAGCAGCAGCAACAACAGCAGCAGCAGCAGUUCUUCCAGCAGCAACAUCAUCAGCCACCAAUACAAUACCAACCUCAUCAGUAUCAUUACCUCCAGCAUUCACACUCUGCCCCAGGAUCACCAGCCAGGGUCUUGUCACCACCACCAAGAAUACAGUCCCCGCCCCCAAGAAUGUCAAGGAUUGCUUCCCCUCCUCCACCAUCACCAUCAAUGUCAAGAUUAUCAGCAAUGUCGCCGCCUCCAAGUGCCUCUUCCUCUCCAGCUGCCUCAUUCUUUGCCAGGGCUGCACAAAAGUUAAGUAAAAAGAAGAAACGACAUCACCCACCAGAACCGGAGCUUCCGUCCUUUCCGACCAAGUUUUCUGAGAUAAUACGCCUCUCCUCACCACCAUGUCCGCCUUGUCUACUCAGAAAUUCUGCUCGAGGGCAACCGCCUGGAAUGGGCAAGGUGAAGGUCAUGUUACGAGUGGUUUCAACCAAUCAUCAUGGAGACCAGGCAGCUUCAGUUCUAAAUAUAGAUACACGUAAUAAACAGGUGACAGUCUAUGACCCUGCUGGAAGUGGCUAUGCUACAAGUCUUGCUCACAGAAAGGCGGCGAUGGCACCUAAAAUGUUCGCAUUUGAUAGUGUGUUUUCACCUGAUGACUGCUUGACGGAGGUGUGUUCAGGAAGUUUGCCGGAGAUAAUACAGGGUGUAGUUACUGGUGCAGACGGUUGUGUCUUUACUUACGGCUACUCUAAACUUGGUAAGACGUAUACAAUGGUGGGUGAAGAUUCAACGAGUCAAACUCUUGGAGUUAUACCAUGUGCUAUAUCCUGGCUGUUCAAGGUGAUCAAUGAACAGAAAGACCAGACAGGGGCCAGGUUCUCGGUGCGAGUCUCUGCGGUUGAAGUGUCUGGCAAACAGGAAGUUCUGAAGGACCUUUUGGCAGAUGUUGCUCAGGGAACAGAGACAGGAGUUGGGACGGCUCCCGGCGUGUACUUGAGAGAGGAUCCGAUUUCUGGUACUCAGCUUGAGAACCAGUCAGAACUUCGGGCACCAACUGCUGAAAAAGCUGCCUUCUACCUUGAUGCUGCUCUUAAUUCUAGAACUAGAACAGAGGAGGAGAGUCGAUCUUCACAUUUGUUGUUUACGCUACAUGUAUACCAGUAUCGUAUAGAGAAAGAAAACAGGGCUGGCCUUCCUGGAGUUGCUGGCGGAAGAAGUCGACUGCAUCUGAUAGACCUUGGAAGUGCCUCUAAGUCCAAAGACCCGAAUAACGUAGCUUUAAGUCUUUCGGCUCUAGGAAAUGUGAUAAUGGCCCUCCUAAAUGGACAGAGACAUGUACCUCACAGGGACAGUAAGGUAGCUCAGUUACUACGAGACUCACUCGGGAAUAUCACGUGCCGCACGUGCAUGAUAGCACAUGUAUCACAGGAGAUACCUCAUUACAAUGAAUCGUUACAGGUGAUUCAACUUGCCGCACGAAUACACAGAAUGAGACGGAGGAAAGUCAGAGGGCAAUUUUCUGGGACGAGUUCAGAUGACAGCUCUACUGAUGGAAGCAGUAUUCGAAGUCGACCAUACCGGGGUUUUCGUAUGGGAACCCUCCACGAGGGGUCCUCAUUUUCUGACCCGGAUUAUACAUCCAGUAGUGAGUCGUGUAACACUGUUAUUUAUGUCGGAAAUACAACACAGCAGUCACUCAGUGAUAGGGAACUGACUGACCAUGAAGGUCACCAAAGGUCAGUCCCAAGGACAAAUCCUCGUCUGCCUAGAAGAGCUAGUGGGUCAAGAUCAUCAGGAGACGAGGGUUCAAAUUCCGACAGUGGACGAAGUUUAUAUAAGUCGCGAGAAAGUUUAUCAAGAUUACAUGGUGCAAUAACAUCUCCUGUUAGAGAUGUGAGUGUAACAGGGUCACGGCAUGGGACCCCUGUACGGUCCUUAUCAAGGGGAACAACUCCAGUGCGGGACAUUCAAACAGCCGACAUGAACUCUUCAGUGUCUUGUUCACCCCCAAGUGUGCACUUUAAUCUACCUCAGAAAGUGAGUUCCCGAUCAAAAACUUUAGGUAAUAAACAAGAUGGGAGCAAUCCUCAGUGUUACGCAAGUACAAACAUUGUAGAUAAAGGGCCAAGGACUGCUGCGAGACCAAAACGGUCGAGUUCCUCACCGGGAAAAAAAGGUGAUGAACAGUGGAUAGAUGGACCAGGGGCGGCUAUCUACCCAGAGAAGAAGCAAAAUACAGGGGAACAGUGGGUUGAUGGACCAUCAGCUUUCAUUGUGAAACAAGAGCAAAAACAUAGCAAGCCAAACACAAAAAUGAGUUCAGAAGAAAUGUGGGUGGACGGUCCACCAGAAAUGUUGGCAGAAAAUCAAAUGGAUGAAAAUCAGAAUCGUACACCAAAGGUAGUUAUGCAUACAAGUAGUAAAAAGGCACAUGUAAGAACUCUUUCGUCUCCUCCAAGACAUCAGUCACCAAUGAAUUCCCCUGCAUUGCCUCAAAAAACUGAUGGAGUGACACCAAAGCAGUCAUGGCAGAUGCCAGACAUUAAAGAAAGACCUGAAAGUCAAAUAAGUGUUGAAAGUACAAUGUCAAAUAAAGCACAACCCAGUGAUUCCCGCCCCAAUAGCAUGCUAACGAAUGUUGGUGAUGCAGAAGAUUUGGCUCCUCUAGAAAACAUGGAAGUGAAACCUUUCGUGAAAGACUGGGUAGAAAAACAUGGAAUGCCUGAAAAUGACAAUAGCUUAGGCAGUAUGAUUGAAACUGGGGAAAAUUUGACUGGAACUUUAGAUUCUGUGCCAGGCUCUUAUAGACGACCAAAACCACAUGAUUCUAGGACCAGAAAAUUAAUGCCAUCAUCUUCUACACCAAAGCAGUCUCCGCACCAUUCUCCGAAGAAUUCUCCUUCAAUACAUAGAAAGGUAAAAGCAAGCAAACCUCAUUUCCCAGCUCCACCUAGCACAAGCAGGAGAGUUACUGAUUGGCUAAAAUCUGUAGAGAAUAACAAACCAGAGGAAACAAUUUAUAUGGAAGGAAUUGUGGGAAGAAAUGUCAAAGAGACUGGGAUGACCAUUGAACAUAACAAUGAAUUUGAACAUCAUGCAGCGUCAUUAGAUGCUUCACGUGAAAUUUCGUCGUGCAGUUCAGUGUACCCAGAUACAACAUUAAAUGAUUCAAGGACACCAGAUUGUACUGAUGCUGAUCUGUCUAUAAGCAAAUUAAGUGAUUCACCAAAUGAUUGUAACAUUGCUGAUAUGAGUUUUGACAGUUCUGUAGACACUGCAAAUUCUGUCCAAAAUCGUGAUUCAAUUUAUGAACUACAGAUGGAUGAACAGUUAGAAAAAGGGCUUGAAAAUAGUUCUAGAAAAGGUGAUGAUGAUGACGAUGACUCUUUCAGUAAUGCAUCUUGUGCCAAACUUUCAGAUAUGGAUACUGCUGAUGCUUUUGCAGAGGGUAUUGACAAUAUGGGUGAUAUGAAAAAGUCAGAAACAAUUCAGAGUAUAAAAACUUUGGUUGGUGAUUCUAGUGUUGAUUGCAUGAGACAAGAAGACACUGAACAUUUUGAAAAUGUGUGCAAUAAAGAAUUAAGGGAAAAAGAACAUUUACAAUUUGAUUAUGAACCUAUCGCUCAUCUACUGUCGCGUAAACCUGAUGGAGCUUCUAAUCCAAAUUUAAUGUGUGAAAGUUUUUCAGAAAAGACAAAUGUUAGUGCGCUAAGAGAGGAAUAUUUAAUUGUAAAUGCAAUAUCUAGUCAGUCAAUGGAUCUGACAAAGAGAUCUCAUCCUGUAUCGAGUAAGCAGUACCGAGAAUGUGAAGGAGACGGGAUGAUAGAUGAUACUACAGACUGUCAGCAGUUCUCUCCUGCUCCUUUACCACUUAAACCAUGUUUUAAAUGUGGAUAUUCACAAGAAGUUUCAAAACCAAUUGCUAAAAUGUGCAAAGACUGUCAAAAAAUGGUUGCCUUGUCAAUAAAGAAUUCGCACACUAGUGUAACGCGUAAAGACAAAGACAAAUCAAAAUAUAAUGUUCAUCCGUCAUCAAGUAGUGGUAGUCCUACAUCUAAGGGCUCAAAGUCUAAAGCUCAGUCACCAAGUCAUAGUAAAUUACCAGUGUUUUCAAAAAACUUGCAAGUGUCCUCAAAAGAUUCAAAAUCAAGUCGUAAAAAGGAGAAAGAGUCGAAAAAAUCAAGUUUACUCACUAGAAAAUCUUCUAGGAGUCAUGACUCUGAUAGUGGAAAUGAUAGCGGAAUAGUCGCAAUUGAAAAGACACUCUUGUCACCGUAUGCUACUGUGACCAAACCACGUACGGUUAGUCAUUCAAGUAGCGGACACGGUAGUGAUAACAGCAGUACAAUGAGUGCCGACUUGAUUUCAAAGCAGAGUAGCAGUCUGUCGGAUAAAAUUCAUGGUGGAACAAGCAGCGGUUACGAGAGCAUGCUGCGGGAAAGUGAAGGCUCGGGCUCAUCCACCAUUAAUGAAGACAGUGCUGACGAAUCUUCUGGGGACAAGAAAAAAGCAACCAAGAAAAAACGACUACCCAGUACAAGGCGCAGUAGAUCAGCUCCCUCCCGCAACUCUGAGAGCCCGGAGUCAUCAAGUCGGAAGUCGAGCCCUUCUAGCAAGAACUCCAGUUUGAGCCCAACAUCAAAGGCUUGGCAGGAGAAGCACGGGCGACUGAAGGAAGAGGGACCAUUAGAACUCAAGGAGUAUGAUGCAGAGGAUGUAAAACGUAUGACCAGACAUAGAACUGAUGAAGAGACUUUACGAAAGAAUCAUGACAAAAUCAAAGAAAUUCUUAAUAACGGGAAACAGUCGCAGGAGAUUCCGAACACAAAGGACACGUAUAUUGUAGAUCGUAAUAACUGGAGCUUUGAUUCCUCCGAAAACGAUGAAAACUCGGGACAUUGUUGUUACGUUUCAUCAUACGGGUACCAUCGUGUUUAGCAGAAACAUGACAUGUACGUGUCUGUUACAUGUCUGAAUUAUGAUUAAAAGGACUUGUUCUAAUGUGUUGAAACAAAAGAUGCAUAAACAAAUUUUCUGAAUCCGUGAAGGGUUUUAUUUUGUAAGCAGAAUUCUAGGAAUUGUUAAUAUUGUACUUUCAUAAAUAAUUAUACAUGUAACUUUAACAUUAGUUUGUCUGCAAGCUUUUCCAGAAAAUUUUGAGAAGGGGCACAACCCAAACAUUCAUGUACUGAAUGCUCUUGAUUGUCUCCCUUGUCAUAGAAUGAAUUUUGGUCUCUCCAAAAAUAUAAAUGCUUUUCUUUCUCAGCAUACAUUAAUAUUUUUAUAUGUUUAUGAGAAAAUGUAUCAUUUUGUAAAUUUUGUUUAAAAUGAAACAUUUAUACAUUUUGUACAUCUUUUCCUGUGAAAUUAGUUCAGAUAAUUAUAUGAUAUUGUAUAUUGUACAUAGUUUAUUAUGAUAUAUUUAGAUUCUCUUCAGUUUACGACUUGGAUCUGAAACAGUUGUUUAGUGCUAAAGAUUUAUGCGAUUCUGUGCAAGGACUUUGACCCACAUAUACUUGACAAGAUUUUUCUGAGCUUAAAAUUGUUCCGAUUUAUCUUCUAGUUUGAUCAGUCAGAUCUACUGAUAGAAUGGCUAUGUUUUAAUGCAACUCCCAGGGGUUGAAAACUAUUUUGAAUCCAUUUAGAUUUUAAAUUUUCCAUCAGAAUUCUGUAAAUAAUUCAGUUCCAUGAAAACUGUAAUUAAUCACUUUUAGCAAGGGACAUAUAGAUCUUAUCAAUACAUGUAACAUGUGACUGAUCAUCUGUGGAAGUUGCAGUUUUUUAAAGAAAAAAGUUUGUGUAAUUUAAAAUACUUACAAGAGGCUUUUUUAGCAUUUUUUGUUCAGAUCAGUUGAAUUCUGUUUAUAAUUAGAUUUUAAGAAAGCUGUCCCUCUGCAGAAAUCAAAACAUAAUUUUGGAAUAUUCCACUGUACUUGUGACCACAUUUAGUAAGAAACGAACAAUUUCUUUCAACAUUUAUAUUAUUACAGAGUAAUUGCAAUACUAUGGACUUUUUUUUUUGAAACAUGGAACUGGUACAUUAUAAUGUUCUCAUGUCAGUCCCAAGUUACCUUGGCCUAUCUGCCUUGACCUAGCACUGUAAACCAACAAUUUUCUAUAGAGGCUUGUGUAUAGUAAGAGGGAUAUAUUAUAGAAAGAGCCUGUAUUUAUUGUUGUGUGCCAUGUAGGCACCAUUUUGUAUGAUUAUUAUUUGCAAUAAAUUGUUUAUAAAAAACA